AUGUGGCUCAAUCUUGUACUUCUGAGCCUGGCUCGCCUCGCUUCAACGCAAUUAAUAACGCCACAAAAUAGCGACUGGAACUCAUCCUUCUCACUUUGCAGGGAACAGAUUGAGAAAGCUGGCCUGGACGAGGAGACGGCCCAGAACGUCAAUACAGCAAUCCGGUUCGAGCGUACCAACUGGGCUGGACCAAGUGUAUCAGACGAUGCAUUCUACAUCCCACCAGCCAAUACAUCUCAUCUCCCUCCUGGAUCUCUUUUGGCCGUUGAGGGAUACACCAACACCUCACUCUACACCCCCCCCCCCCCCCCCCCCCCCCCCCCCCCCCCCCCCCCCCCCCCCCCCCCCCCCUCCCUCAGCACCGCUUUAUCGCGAAUUAUUUUCCAAUCGGAGACCUUCAACGGCAGCACUGUUCCAGCCUCAGCAUACGUUCUCUGGCCAUAUAUGCCUGGCGAAGAUCCGAAAAGGAAAGGCAAAUUUGCGGUCGUAGGCUGGGGCCAUGGAACCUCCGGCGCAGUAGGCGAGUGCGCUCCCAGCCAUAUCAGAAACUUGUGGUAUCAGUACUCUGGCCCUUACAUUCUGGCCCUGCAAGGCUAUGUUGUGGUAGCGCCAGACUACGCUGGUCUUGGAGUCUCCCGACAUGCAGACGGCAGGCCGAUCAAACAUACCUGGCUCUCGUCAGCGCAGGGCAACGAUAUGAUCCACGCCGUCAAAGCCGCACAAGAAGCUUUUCCGGAGCUGAGCGAGAGGUUUGUUCUCGUCGGCCACUCACAGGGAGGACACGCUGUCUGGGCAGCGGCGAGAAGGCUGGCAUAUGUGCCUUUUGCAGGGUAUCUUGGGACGAUCGCUGCGUCGCCGUCCGCAAACAUCUCCUAUACCCUCCAGCGCCAGCCUCUUGCGGCGACGACUAUAGCUUUUGGGAUCAUCACUGGCAUUGAUGAAAUCUGUCCCUCUUUCCACCCUUCCGAAUGGCUCACGGACAAAGGGAUCAGAUACCUGAACCUGAUCAGAGAUGUCAGCGCUUGCAACAGUGUCCUGACCCAACUGAUCCUCCAGCCAGGCCUAAUCAAGACCGAAUACGCAUCUUCACCACGGCUUCGAAGCUAUGCAAACCUCAUGGCCAACAGCGGCCGCCUAUUUGCAGGACCCAUGCUAGUCUUGCAGGGUACACCUGACUCGGUGCUGCCUAUCGAGACUGUGGACAAAGCUGUCAACGAGACAUGUGAGAACUAUCCUGACAGCAAGCUGGAGUAUGCGUCGUUCAAGGGGGUAGAUCAUGUGCCUAUAAUGUAUGCGGGUCAGCGAAUCUGGUUGGAUUGGAUCGCUGAUAGGUUUGCUGGGAGGGAAAUUAGCCCGCCAUGUACGAGGCGGGAGUACAGUCCGGCGAGGUCGGUGGAGAGCUAUCACAAGGAUCUGGGAUAUUACCUGGAGUAUACCACUCAGAGAUAUUUGGUGGCUUGA